AUGGCUAUGCAUUGUAUUACUGUAUCUCUGGUUUUAGCAUUGUCACUGUUGAGCAUGGAUGUGACCCUGGCAGGUCGUUACCUUCUGGACACACCAGCAGCUCCACCACCAGCAUUAACACUACCUCAAAUUCCAUCUCUUCCUAAGCCCACAUUGCCUCCUUUGCCAGCAAUGCCUGCGCUGCCCACUACCCCGUUGCCAACGUUGCCUAGUGUCCCAACUCUGCCGAAGCCCACAUUGCCCCCGCUGCCAUCCCUGCCAAACCCAACAUUGCCAACCAUCCCCACAAUUCCACAGCUGACGCUUCCUCCGCUGCCCACCAUCCCCACCACAAUCCCUUCAUUCCCCACCAUUCCAACAACAAUUCCAACAGUUCCUUUCCUUUCACCACCUCCAUCCACCACCAGCCCUUGA